CUUCUGGCCUCUGGGUGCUGGUUCCUGGGAUUGGUGGAUGGCUUCAUGCUCACUCCCAUCACCAUGACCUUCCCCUUCUGCAGAUCUCGGGAGAUCCGCCACUUCUUCUGUGAGGUCCCCGCUGUAAUGAUGCUCUCCUGCUCGGACACCUCAGUCUACGAGACACUCAUGUACCUGUGCUGUGUCCUCAUGCUCCUGAUCCCUGUCAUAGUCAUUUCAAGUUCCUAUUCAUUCAUCCUCCUCACCAUCCACAGGAUGAACUCUGCUGAGGGCCGGAGGAAGGCCUUUGCCACCUGCUCCUCCCACAUGACUGUGGUCAGCCUGUUCUAUGGGGCCGCCGUCUACACCUACAUGCUGCCCAGCUCCUACCACACCCCUGGGAAGGACAUGGUCGUGUCCUUUUUCUACACCAUCCUCACUCCUGUGCUGAACCCUUUAAUCUACAGUCUUCGGAAUAAGGAUGUCACAGGGGCUCUGAAGAAAAUGCUGAGAGCAGGGAAGGCUCCAUAUUAA